AUUUCUUUCUUCAGUUUGCAACUGGUUAGAUCUCAAAUCUGGGUGAGAAGGGAGAGAGAGAGAGAGAUGACAAGGCGAUCGGGCGCUUGCUUGAGGUGCUGUUUGGUGGUUUUCGCAGUGGUAUCGGCCCUUUGCGUUUCUGGUCCGGCUCUGUACUGGAAAUUCAAGAAGAACAUGAAGCUAGGUGUCGCUUCUCCUUCUUGCAGUCCCUGCAUCUGCGAUUGUCCCCCUCCUCUUUCUCUUCUCAAGAUUGCUCCUGGCCUGGCAAAUCUCUCUGUUGUAGAUUGUGGAGGGGAGGAUCCAGAAGCAAAGGAGGAAAUGGGGAAGCAAUUUGUGGAGCUUUUAAGUGAGGAGCUGAAGCUGCAAGAGGCGGUUAGGGAAGAGAACAGCCGUCACAUGAACAUAACUUUGGUGGAAGCAAAAAUGGCGGCCAUGCUAUACCAGAAGGAGGCAGAGAAGUGUAAUGUUGCCACUGAAACUUGUGAACAGGCCAGAGAGCGGUCAGAGGCAUUGUUAACCAAGGAAAAGAAGAUUACUUCCUUGUGGGAAAAAAGAGCCCGAAAACUCGGUUGGGAAGGAGAAAUAAGCCUUAAGCAAACACACUGAUACAACAACAAGGUACAUAUAUUACAUACAAAUACUACUCUACCACUGACCUGAGAAAGAUGCACCUUGUUCAAUCUAUUAUUAUUAUUAUGAAGAUAAUUCUUGUGGGGGGGCCUAAAUUGGCUUAUUAAUUAUCAUAAUCAUAGAUUAUUUCUCCAAUUUAGCCUUAUUUAGAGAGAUCCAUACACUACUAUUAUCCUUAUAAAGAAACCAUCAAUUUAGCCUAUUGACACUAUAUGGAUAAUAUAAAGGGAUGGAAGCUGGUUUGGUCAUUUACA